AAGAAAUUCACAAUGUGACCCGUAGUUACUAUGGUCGGCGAAAUCAGCUGUUUAGUGUAAACAAUACCGCACGGAAGGACCUGUACUUCUCAAUUCUAUCGGGGAAAAAAAAUACGAAAUUGAGAACAGGUUAAAAGUGUAAUCUAUGACACAGAUUUGAUAUAAGUAACCAUGUUGAAAAGUUUAAGAAGAUUACAGCCUUUUAAGGUUGUGUACUUGAAAAAUUACAUACAAAAUAACAAGGUUAUUCCCAGACCUGCAUCCUUUGUGCAGCAUUUGGACUUGCUUCGUUGCUAUGGCAUCAGACAUUCUCAUGUUCCAUUUGUUGAAGAAGAUACCUUGAGCUUCAAAAUAUUGGAACAUAUGAGAAUUAGUGAUAAAUAUGCCACUGCCCUUACUAAGGAAAAAUAUGAACAAAACUCGUCAGAAACCAGUCAGGCUAUCAAGCAGAUGUUACUUGUCAUAGCUCAUAAUCCUGAUGUUAAAACAUCAGAUGUUCUUCAUUUGUUUUCAUUAUAUGCUUCAUCUGGACGUUUUUUAUCUCAAGAUAUAAUAUCAAACAAGUCAUUGAUGUCUGAGGCAAAACACAAGAUUUUGAAAAGCUUUCCUUGGAUGACAGAAAAUGAACUGAAGAAUUUAGCCUACUUGUUAAAGGAAUUAGAAUUUGAGAAAAGUGGAUAUUUGCAGUAUCUUGUAAAAGGAAUUAAUGAAGAAUGUUUAAAAAGAGCCUUAGCAAGUGGUCUUCCUGAGAGUCUCAGACUGUUUGAUAUCCUCUUAAUUCUCCAUGGUAACAGGAUUUACAGGAAAAGAGAAUAUGACACUUUUUUAUCAUUGUUUGAAGCUAAUGUAGACACAGCUCAUCCUCAUCAUUUAGUUCAAAUUUUGCAUUAUAUAGGUCUUGCCAAGAAAAGAAGGUUAUCAAAAGAAUUUGUUCUGCUGAUAAUUGAAAAACUGGAUAAACAUUUGGAUGAUCUGACAUUCAGAGAUCUUGGAAUAGCAGUGGCUGGCAUAUUCAAAUCCAAUGUCAAACUUGAGAGAACAUCAGCCUUUGUUAAAAAAGUUGCAGAUCAUAUGAAAAAUAAAAUAAAAGAAUCUGUAUUGCUUACAGAUAUUGAAACUUAUGGCCUUGUUUCUAUGAUCAAACUCCUCCGAGUGACAAGAUUCCAUGAUGAUGAUCUUUUGUCUGCUGUCAAAUCUUUUGUGAUGAGUUGUGAUAAAAGUAUUCUGAAUGCUCAGAUUGUUCCACACAUCUUGGCAAUGUUCUCUAAUUGUAAUGUUUAUGAUGAAGAGCUCUUUGGUAAACUAGAAAAUCAGGUUCUUAAACUCCUUAGAGCUGAGUCACAUGAGUUAAGGAUGAGGGACCUUACAAGGGUGCUUUGGUGUUUUAGUCAUGUAGGUCACAAGUGUAGUCCUCAAACAUUAGAGGUGUUUGAUGAAUCUUUCAUGGAGUUCAUUCAUAAAGGGGAAGUUGCUAGAUCACCAUACUUCCUGUCAGAUGCUCUCUUCUCCAUGGCAAUCCUCCAGCAUUAUCCAGAAGCAUUAAUUAGGGAAGCAUUCAAGCCAGAAAUGAUUCAAGGACUGAAAGGGCAUCAGAGGAGUAAGCAGUUAUCCAGAUUGCUUAUAUUACAUGAGUGCCUGAAGACAGAAGUCCCUACCCUGAGAAUGGAACCACCUGUAGUGGAGAAGUUUGAAAUACCAAGUAGAACUCUUGCAGAUGAAUUCCAACACCGCCCACAUAUUAAGAAGUUAAGUGAAGGGGCUAAGUGGAUUAAUUCAAUUGUUGGAAGAACAGUGUUGAAACUCCAGUUCCCAAUACCAUAUAUAAAUUAUGCUAGUCUGACUACAGAUUUCAGUCAGCUGAAGGGUGAAGAUUCUGAAAGUGGUAAAUAUGAAGAUACACAGCAAAUACAUAUUUUUCAACAGCUGUCUAAAAUAAGAGAUAUUCAGGAUAAUAAAAACAUUGUUGUUGAAGUUUUAGAUUUACCAUCAUUACUGAAAGGAACCUCAGAGCCAGUUGGCCUUUUCAGGCUAAAAAUACGUCUCCUAGAGCAAUUAGGUUGGGAUAUCAGGUAUCUCACUAGUUUGGAAGUGGAAAGUUGUGGUGAUGAUAUUCAAGGGUUAGGAGCUCUAUUGUUAGAUAAGAUAAAUUAGCAUCACAAAACAUAAGAGACCAAGUAAUUUUGUAGAAUUGCAUAGACAUUUUAAAAUGUAGAUAUGAUGAUCUUAUAUUGUGAAUUUUAUUUAUUAUUUUGGUUUCAUAAUGUAAAUUUGAUAAAUAGAAGUUGAAGUUUUUGUUUAUAAUGAUUCAUUUUCCAGGUCAAUUUUGUAAAUAAAAGAAAACAAGUAUACUGAUAUGAUGAUCUUAUACUCUGAAUUGUAUUUAUUAUUUUGGUUUCAUAAUGUAAACAAUUUGAUAAAUAGAAGUUAAAGUUUUUGUUUAUAAUGAUUUAUUUUCCAGGUCAGUUUUGUAAAUAAAAGAAAACAAGUAUACUGUGUUUAUGUUACCAGAUUUCUAAAGCAGAAUGUUAUAAAUUGAUCAACUCAUUCUAUGCAAUGUGACCCACUCAUGGGUUUGAUAUCAUCUUAUUUUGUGAUGUGGCCCACCUUGGAAUCAGAAAUUCAUACUUGUCGUAUCUUUUUGUUUUAGUAAUGGGUUUCCAAUUCCAUGCUGCUUAGAUCUUGCUUUAUAAAAGUUUAAGUUUUUAGUCAACACAGAUAUGAUGAUAUAUAUUUUAAAGGAAUGAACACAUAGUAUAAAGACCACUAUUAUUGUUUUAAGAAAUCAUCAAAUAUAUACAUAUAUAUAUGAUAGAAUGUUUUCUUUUUAAAAGCUUUGAUAUUACAGAAUACUAUUAAUAAAGCAUUGCAAACAUUCUGAAACACAACUGAAUUGAUUAUGAGCCUAUUUCCACUUGUAAACUUUUCUACAGCACCAUUAGAUGAUUUUCACAUACUUUUCCAAUUUUUUGUAAAUGUAGAACCUUGGCUAUGAUUCUCCAUUGAGUCCCUCUGAAUUGGGGUUGUAUCACAGACGUAAUUUUUUUUGUUGAUGGCACGGUUUUGUUACAAGAGAAUAUUUAUCUUUUUGUGCCAGGGGAUAUCAGCAUCAUUGCAUUGCUAAUAGGAUGAAAUGUAUUAAUGUGAAU